AUGCCGGCUUAUAGGCAAACCCACCCUUCCCCGGAUUCUGAAUUUGUCGAAGCCCUAACGGACACUCAAUGGCGCUGCCGGAAAUGCGGCUUUAUCAUCAUGGCGGCAGUCAUGUCGGCAGGCGCCAUCCUGCACUACAAGAAAUGCCAUCCGGACGAGCAGGAGAAGCUGCGCUACGAGUUGUGCAAGGUCCGCCUUGAGCACAUCUCCGACGGCUGUAUGGAGUUCAUCCACUCGCAGCUCAUCGAGUGCCUGAUGUGCCACAUUUCGUUCGCCCUCCAUCGGCCCUAUAAUAUGUGCCGCGCCAUCCGCCAUCUCCAGAAGAAGCACCCGGAAAUGAUGCCCGAAACUCAGCAAGGCCGUCAGCCCGGAUACUCCCUGGCCAAUGUAGAGGUCCCCGCGCAAAAUGACCAUGUCGAGAAUUGCAUGCAACUCAGUGUUCAAGUCGAUGCCCAAGUUCAAGCUCAAUUCCAGAACCAGGAGAAGCUGCACAGGAACCCGGCCGAGGAGGAGGACGAGGACGAGGGGUUGCUGUCGGAGGCGGACAUUGGCCGGUUGAGGAUGAUGACGCAGGAGCAUUUUACGGAGAUUCGCAUCAUUGGCAGCGACUUGGUGCAGUUGUGGCACAACGGCAACAUUGUCGGCCAGCACUCCCUGGCGGAGGUGCUGCGCUACCGCAAUGGCGGUCUUCAGAAUGGCGGCCCGAUGCACGUCGAGGAAUACGCGGCCGAGGAGUAUGCCGUUGAGGAGGAAGUGAUAUCUGUCGACGAAAUGAUGAAGCCGUCAACUUCGGAAGAAGUCAUAGAGCUCGAUGAGGCCGAAUACUUUGACGACCCGGAAGCUCCAGUUCCGCACGAAGAAGGCGCCCUGUUCCGUCGACUCUACGAAGAGGCCAAGUACAACGAGCUGCAGACGAACCGGCGGCUCCGCGGCGCUCCGCCCGGCUACCAACGUCGUGUCGUCCAGAUGGCCGAGGAUGACUACAGGGUUCUAGAAUAUUUUGUCCCCGACGGGUCCUACGAGGUGCUUGUCGCCCAGCCGAAGCUCCAGAAAAAUGCU